CAAACUCAGCGCUUUCUUCUGCGCUUCACGGUGACGUGUUGUGUGUUAAUGUUGUCAGGCUUCGCUAAUCAAGUUAUUGUGGGUUAUUGUGUACCUCUGAGCCACCGUAGCAGACCGCACCCCCUUUCCCUCCUGCUUUGGCCGGGCGCUUUAAUCAAGCGGUGCGCUUUUGGGUCGGCGCGCACAUGGACACGGGCAUGGACACUGAAGGGUGCUUGUACACACUCCCGCAUACACUUCUCCACACUUCUCUAGCGUGAACAAAAGGUGCACAUGUGAACUGGAAAAUCCAGAAGUUUUUGUUGUUGUUGUUUUUUUUUUGUUUUGUUUUUCCCCCCGAAAAGAAAGAAGCGUGGGAGUUUUGAGCAGAGUUACACGGCUGAGGAGUGAUCGGGCAUGUUCUCAUAAACCCUGUGCUUAAGGAUGGUUGAUAAAGGGCCCUUACUGACCUCGGCUAUCAUCUUCUACCUGUCCAUCGGGGCUGCAAUCUUCCAAGUGCUCGAGGAGCCAAACUGGAAACUGGCAGCGGAUCGAUACAAAAAGCAGAAGGAGGAGAUCCUGAGAGAAAACCCGUGUCUUACUAAAGCAGAUCUGGACAAAAUCCUGGUGGUUGUGUCUGAGGCUGCGGGACAAGGAGUCACCAUCACAGGAGACAAAACCUUUAACAACUGGAACUGGCCAAAUGCUGUCAUAUUUGCUGCUACAGUCAUUACAACCAUUGGAUAUGGCAAUAUUGCCCCCAAAACCUCAACAGGAAGAGUUUUUUGCAUUUUCUAUGGACUAUUUGGUGUUCCACUUUGUCUGACCUGGAUCAGUGAACUUGGCAAGUUUUUUGGUGGAAGAGCAAAACACCUUGGGCAGUAUCUUACCAAGCGAGGCAUUUCAUCGAGGAAGGCACAGUUCACCUGCACAGCCAUCUUCCUGUUAUGGGGUGUACUGAUUCAUUUGGUUAUUCCCCCAUUCGUUUUCAUGUCUCAGGAGGGUUGGACCUACGUAGAGGGCUUAUACUUUUCCUUCGUCACUUUGACAACUAUUGGAUUUGGUGAUCUUGUAGCAGGUGUUGACCCCAAUGCAGACUACCCCACUCUGUAUCGCUACUUUGUUGAGGUGUGGAUAUACCUGGGUUUGGCCUGGCUCUCCCUCUUCUUUAACUGGAAGGUACGGAUGGUCAUCGAGGCUCACAAAGCUCUGAAGAAACGUCGAAAACGGCGCAAGCUCUCACUGGAUGAGUUCCAGCACUACAAAGAUAACCAAAAGGCCUUGCAAUUACCACCUGCAGGCAACGAUGUCAACAUCUUCAGCUUCCUGUCCAAGAAAAAGGAGGGCUACAACGAUCUGAUCAAACAGAUCGGUACCAAUAAAGGAGAUCAGUGUGCCAGUACCAUCAGUACUAAAAGGCAGAAUGAAUUUAUCCGCUCCAAGAGCUGCAACGAUGCAGUCUCCAUUAACGGAAAUGCAAUCGUCAACCUAGAGCAAUCACCCCGCCAGAAACGGCGCUACAGCUUCAGUGACCGUGUCACAGUGGUCUUCUCCAAGUCCAAAAACUACCUGCUUGGCACUGAAGAGGGUCCACUCCUGAAUGAGAUGCAGGUUGAGGGUGAGCUAGACACAGAUGUGGAGAGAAUGUACGAGAAUCAGUUGGAUAAAGAGGCAGGAGAGGAACACAGGAACCUCAGGCAUGGGGGCUGCGGUCCUGGCCAUCACAUGUGGGACUCGUGUGAGUAUCAGCCUGUUAUUUUUCAAAAUGCCAACAUCACCUUUAUUGAUGAAGAGAACCUGCUGAACAGCAGCCUGGUGGAUGAGGACGAAGAUGAAGACAUCAAGGUCAAGCUCUCGACCUCGGAUGAAAAUGGUGAGUCUGAUACUGAUUCCAAGGAGGAGCGGUGCUCAGAAUCGGAAGGAUCCGUGUUCACAGACAGAUCCGAUCACACUCAUUCCUACGAGCAGCUUGUAGAGGAGUAUUCCAAGGAAAACAACACUGAUGCCUGAAGCAUUAACCUAUCAGUGCUUUUUUUUUUUUUUUUUUUUUUUUUCUUUUUUAAAUUAUGGACAUUUUGUGCAAACUUGAACCCUUUUAUUUUUGUAUCCGACUUGAUCAGAGAAACAUGUCGUAAUCCAUUUCACAAUAUUUGUGCUGCAAAACUGUUGUUGAUGGCGUCUGUAAAAUGCAUCUCCGUCAGUAUUACCCUGAGCAGACAUUGUUGGUCUUGCAAAAGAACAAGCAGUUGUCUUACUCCACAACAGCCCAAUUAUUGGGGGAUGACCAAAAUGUCAUCCAGUCUAAACUAUAACUCUAUGGACAGAUUUUCGAAAGGUUGAAAUUAAGACUGCUUGAUUAGUUCUUCACUUAUUCUGUGGUUUUAUUUCUAGUUUUUGCAUAAUAGAGAGUUAUAAUUUAUUAAAUUAUGGCGUGGGGGGGGGUGAGAUUAACUGUAAUGAAGAACAGAAUCAGUUGCAAACUGGUUCACAGGACAUGAACAGUAAGGUGAUUCCUUUUAAGAAUUGAUGGUGGUUCUCACUUUUAUUCACCAUAUUGGUGGUUUUAUAUCAACAUGAUGAAGGACAAACGCAUUCCACCUGCAUUAUGUUUUGAACCAUUUUUAUCGGUUUUGGCUUUUUCGUUCAUCUAAUUUCCUGAUUGAAUUACCAUUACGAGUCUGAGAGCCAAGGCUGCACAUGCUUCCUCUGAGGCUUGUUGUGUCUUUUUUAAGGUCCCUGACAUUUACAACUUUCACAAUUUUAUUUGUGAAUUACUGUGUGAAUGCACUCAGUCAGUUGCAACGCUCUGUUUGUGGACAGCAUUUUGCACUAGUCUGAUUCAGUCUGAGCCAUUAAAGACAGCUUUGUGCCGUCAGUCAUGUUUUUGCUGGUGUACUAUACCUAAUCCAGCCUGAGUCUCUUCCAUGCACUGUUUUCAAGCUGAUGGAUUCCUUUCUAACAUCUUCAUACAGGAAUUAUUAUUAUUAUUAUUAUUAUUAUUAUUAUUAUUAUUAAUAAUAAUAAUAAUAAUAUUUUUAUUAUUAUUAUUAUUAUUAUUAUUAUUGCGCUAGUUGGAUUUAAUUGAUCAUUUGAUGAUGGUCAUGGAUUUUUCCAUUGUCACAAGUUUUUAAGCUCGGACCUGCUCAGGCUAAUUUAGCAUAAAUAAGAUUCAUGCAUUUUGACAUUUUUGCCCAUGUUAUACUAUGUUUUGUGCCUAAAAAAGCCUUUUUUGUGCUGUACGCUUUCGUUCGUUGACUUGCCGAUCCUGAGAUAUUACCUCAGUUAUCCUAGAUAAGUCAAUCCGGUUCUAUUAGUUCUCAGGCAUGUUCGAAGAACAGAACUGUCACUAAUAGCAAUCUAAGAUAUAUGAUGUUCUCUUGAAUUUGCGAAGCAUCGUACAAAGAAUGGAACUGAAGCCAGGUUGUUGUUUUGCAUUUUUUUCCCCCCCAGCAAAGGUUAUGUGAAGUCUGUUGGCCUGUUUUGUCUUAAAUUAAUGUUUGUUAUUAUUUGGUAGAGCAGAUAUUUAUAUGCGCAGUCUAGACGUGUCUGAAACAAUGACAGACACGGAGUUGUCAUUUUAGUAGGGACUAAUAAACAGUGCAAAAAUAGUGCUAAAUGAUUUUACAUAAACCUCAAAAACUCUAUUAAUUACUCCUAGUUAUUAUUGAUUAAUAUUCCAUUGAAGGUAAAAAAAAAAAAAAAAAAAGAAGCAUUUUUACUACGUCUUAUCAUAUUGGUGGUGAUUAGUAAAUAAUACAGAAACCACCUGUUUCUUUCUCAUCUGCAUUUGCAUUGAGAAUGUAGGGUUAAGCGUGUAACAUUUCUGAGCAAUGCCAAACUUGUAGCCACAACAAUGUGCAAGGCAAAAUGUGGAUAUCCUGCUUGUAAUAACCUCAGCUGGGGAGUGUGUCUCACACAAGCCUCUUGCGUCACGGUGCUAGGCAGCACCAGUGCGAGGAAAACAGCUUCCUGAGUGGGUUUCCUGUCUUAGAUUAAUUAUACAGUGCACAUCCCUGAGUUGAUUCAUCCUAAUUUUGCUUCCUGUUCCAAGAUUCUUUCUGUUCGCUACUAGUCUGGAUUAAUCUAAUGAUUUUUGUGUUCGUACACUGCCUCACUGUGUUAAUCUGUUAUAAAUGCAUUUGCUACCUUGAUAUUUUAAUUGAUGUCCACACGCCAAAGCCUGUAAUCGUCAGUAUUCUGUGAAAGUGUAAUUGAGCACAGCAAUCCUCUGGUGAACUGCAGUGAGAUUGUAAGAUCGCAUAUCCACUUAGGCUUGUUUGGAUUAAUUAUCAGUGCUGUAGCUUUUUUCCAGUGCUGUUCUCAGGCAUGUUAGGGAAGCAAAAUUGUUCCAUGAAGUGCUUGCAAACAUCCUGAACAAAAAUAGAACCUCUUUCAGUUCUCGCCCAGACAUUUGGUGAAGACUCGUUCUCGCACAAGAGUGUAGUGUAUCUUGUAUGUAAACACUGGGGAACGCUGAAACGUAGCCACCACUUCAUUCAGGCCGUAACCUUGUAGCCUUGUAAUCUGUGUUUACUUUUCCUGCACUCAAAGUGACACGAGUGGCCAUAAACCUUACGCAGGUUAAAAUGUGACCGUUUAAGUGCAUCGUUUUGAUGCCAGACAGGAAUGUUGGAAAUGUAGUUUCUGGUCUUAAUGACAUUUACAAAAUUAUCAUGUUCUUUUAAGACUAAGUGUUACUGUAAAUGGAUAUUCAAUUAAUUCAUUUAUGUCUGUUUUGUAAUGCAUGCAAGUGGUGUUAUUUACUGACUCUUUCCAUCAAGUUGUCUCUAUCAGUGCCUUAUCAGCUUCUCUGUUUGAAGCUUUGUGUUCAAACCACAUCAUAAAGAUGAUCAAUUUAAAAAUAUUUACCUAGGACAUUUCUGUCCUGUAAUCCUCUAGGAUCAGGUACUGUAGAAGGUUGCCUUGUGUUUCACUUAAAUUCAAUUAAAUGCAGACAAAAACGCUUUGUUUUUGAGUCUGAGGUACUUCUCUGGCUCCUGAAGGACUUGCAGACAAUUAAAAUCGAGUGAACUCGAUCGUAUUUAUCAUUUCCCUGACUUGUAUUAUGCACACUCCAGCAUGUUGUAAAAAGUUUUGGUUUUUAAUGUGAAAUUUUUUGCUUAAAUUUUAUGUGCUGCUUUUUUUAAAAAUAAAUAAAUAAAUAAAAAUUUGAGAAUUCA